GUCAGCAGCUGAUUGCAUCCGAAGAUAUUUUAUUUUGCAUUUUUUUGUGUAAAAGUGACCAUGUUACGAAGAGGGUUUUCCAUUUUGUUGCUUGUUGUGGAGCUAAGUUUCUGGUUUGGAGUCGGUGUGAGUGUGAAUGAUAAGGAUGUGUGGAGCUCGAGUUCGGAGAAAGGCACGAUUAGUGGGAGGAGCCUUGAGGUUAGGUUUGAUGGGGCUGCUACACACUGGACUGAUGCUCUUCCUGUUGGGAAUGGGCGUCUUGGAGCUAUGAUUUGGGGUGGAAUUGCCAACGAAACCAUCAAUCUCAAUGAGGACACCCUUUGGACAGGGACUCCUGGUGAUUAUGCAGAUCCUAACGCUCCAACCACACUAUCUGAGGUUAGGAACCUCGUCGAUAAAGGGAAGUAUGCAGAGGCUACUGCAGUUGCAGCCAAUCUCUCUGGAGAUCCUUCUGCUGUGUACCAGCUCUUGGGAGACAUAAAGCUAGAGUUUGAUGAGUCUCAUGUUGCUUAUGAUAAGGGAACUUAUCAAAGAGUGUUGGAUUUAGACACAGCGACCGUUAAAGUGCAGUAUUCUGUCAAUCAAGUUGAGCAUGAAAGGGACUAUUUUGCUUCAUAUCCGGAUGAAGUAAUUGUGAUGAAGAUUUCUGUAAACAAGUCUUCAUCUCUAAAUUUUACAGUGUCUCUAGACAGCAAACUGCAUCACCAUGCUUAUGCAAACAACAACAGCCAAAUCAUUUUAGAUGGACGCUGUCCAGGCAGAAGAAUCCCUCCACACGUCUUUGGGAACUCUAUUCCCAAAGAACGAGACACUCUGGGGCCUGUUCAGCACACCAAUCCCAAAGGAAUUGAGUAUUUUGCAGUUCUGGAUUUGCAGAUUGGAGAUGGUGUGGGUGACGUUCGUAUUUUGGAUGGUAGAAAGCUACAGGUGGUGGGUUGCAACUGGGCUGUUAUCCGUCUUGCUGCAGCAUCAACAUUUGACGGACCCUUUACAAACCCCCAGGAUUCAAAAAGGGAUCCUAGCUCUGAGUCCUUGAAAAAAAUGGAUGCUGCCAAAGCACACACAUAUGCUGAUCUUUACUCACGCCAUGUCAAUGACUAUCAAGCACUUUUCCAUCGUGUCUCAUUGCAGCUUUCCAAGAGCUCCACGAAUGCUAUAAAAAAUGACAAGGAUGGGGUGAUGACAACUGCUGAAAGGGUCAAGUCUUUUAAAAUUGAUGAAGAUCCUUCACUAGUUGAGCUUCUGUUCCAGUAUGGUCGGUACCUAUUGAUUGCUUGUUCGCGUCCUGGAUCCCAGCCUGCAAACCUUCAAGGCAUCUGGAAUAAGGACAUCGAGCCAGCAUGGGAUGGUGCUCCUCACUUGAAUAUCAAUCUCCAAAUGAACUAUUGGCCUUCUCUCUCUUGCAACCUCAAAGAGUGCCAAGAGCCUUUGUUUGACUAUAUUUCUUCUCUGUCCAUAAAUGGGAAAAAGACUUCACAGGUGAACUAUGGAGUGAGCGGUUGGGUUACACAUCAGGUGUCUGAUAUAUGGGCCAAAACAUCUGCGGAUCGUGGUCAAGCUGUGUGGGCUUUGUGGCCGAUGGGUGGAGCAUGGCUUUGUACUCAUUUAUGGGACCAUUAUGCUUAUACAAUGGACAAAGAAUUCUUGAGAAACAAAGCAUAUCCAUUGAUGGAAGGCUGCGCGUCAUUUUUACUAGACUGGUUAAUUGAAGGCCCAGGCGGAAGACUUGAAACAAAUCCAUCGACCUCCCCAGAGCAUACGUUUACUGCUCCGGAUGGUAAGCCUGCUAGUGUAAGCUACUCAGCAACCAUGGACAUGCAAAUUAUUAGAGAGGUUUUCUCCAACAUUGUUUCUGCUGCUGAGGAAUUGGGAAAAAGCGAUGUUCUUAUUGCAAGAGUCCGUAAAGCUCAAGCACGCCUUAGGCCAACCACGAUUGCUAAGGAUGGGUCCAUUAUGGAAUGGGCAGAGGAGUUUGCAGAUCCAGAGGUGCACCACAGGCAUCUGUCACAUCUAUUCGGGCUUUUUCCCGGGCAUAGCAUCAACGUCGAGAAGGCCCCUGAUCUAUGUAAAGCAGCUGAGAAAACCCUAAUCAAACGAGGAGAGGAGGGUCCGGGAUGGUCGACCACGUGGAAAGCUGCCUCGUGGGCACGGCUGCAUAACAGCGAGCACGCAUACCGGAUGGUGAAGCAUCUUUUCGAUCUAGUGGAGCCCAGCCACGAGAGUGACUUUGAAGGAGGGCUAUACGCCAACCUCUUCACCGCUCAUCCACCUUUCCAGAUUGAUGCAAACUUCGGAUUUUCGGCAGCAGUGGCGGAGAUGCUAGUUCAGAGCAGCGUGAGAGACUUGUACCUGCUGCCGGCUCUUCCUCGUGAGAAGUGGGUGAAUGGCUGCGCGAAGGGGCUCAAGGUUCACGGCGGCCUUACCGUGAGCAUGUGCUGGAGCGAAGGAGAUCUUGAUCAAGUUGGCAUUUGGUCCAACAAUGGUGGAAAUGGUGUGAAGACGUUGCAUUAUAGGGGAGCUGCAGCCACUGCUAAUAUCUCAUCUGGCAUACUUUACACUUUCAACAGCCACUUGGAAUGCGUAGACACACGCACACUUCUGUAAUGUCAACCUCAUUUUCCACUUAUUUUGGCUCAUUAAAUGGAUCUAUCACACUUUACAAAA